CGGCAGCGCUGCUUGACGGCCAGCCAAUAGAGAGGCCGCGACAGGCCGGGCGGCUGCGUCCCGGAGGCCGCAGCUGUGGAGCGAGCGCAGAUUCGCCAGCCUGACAGGCGCCCGGAGCUGGCAGGAUGAAUGUGGGGGUGGCACACAGCGAAGUGAACCCCAACACCCGAGUGAUGAACAGCCGGGGCAUCUGGCUGGCCUACCUCGUCCUGGUGGGACUGCUGCAUGUGGUUCUGCUCAGCAUCCCCUUCCUCAGCAUUCCUGUGGUCUGGACGCUGACCAACGUCAUCCAUAACCUGGCCACCUAUGUCUUCCUGCACACGGUGAAGGGCACACCCUUUGAGACCCCUGACCAAGGCAAGGCUCGACUGCUGACACACUGGGAGCAGAUGGACUAUGGGCUCCAAUUUACUUCUUCCCGAAAAUUCCUCAGCAUCUCUCCUAUUGUACUCUACCUCCUGGCCAGCUUCUACACCAAGUAUGACGCUGCUCACUUCUUCAUCAACACAGCCUCGCUGCUCAGUGUACUGCUGCCCAAGCUGCCCCAGUUCCACGGGGUUCGUCUCUUUGGCAUCAACAAGUACUGAGGGCAGGGCCUGGGGAUGACGCUGGAACAAAGGGCUGUCACAUCCUGUCUUCUGUAUCUUAAAAGCCUAAGGACUAAACAACCUUCCCCAGGCUUCAGGGAAGAGAACAGACUGGAAAGUGGGGUUCUCUUGGCCCAGCCCUGCUGAAAACAGGUUUCGUGGAAUCAGGAGAGGCAGAUGUCAGGGCCAGAUCUCCUCAACAGCAGGAAGCCACAUGUGGGCAGCUUACUCAGUGAGAAGUUUUGCCAUAUCUUCUGCCCCCACCACCUCCCAGCUCUGUGUCGCUGUGCAUUUUCCUUACAAUAAAGAUAAUUUUUUUCAAA